UCCCCAGUCUGUUCCCCUUCUCCCCUGCACCCCCCGCUGUCCCUGACACCCCCACAGCCCGCUCUCUAGCUUCCCUACAGAGCGGUCAUCCCACAGCGUGCACCUCUGCCGCCCUCUCCCGCCUUCCCCUCCAGCCAGCUGUUCCAGCUCAUCCCGCCAGCCCUUUUCCUUCCCCUCCCAUCCACAGGGACACCCGCACGCGGUCCCAGCAGCUCACCCUCGGGCCGACCUCCCUCUCCCUCCAUCCCUCCCUCCGCCUUUCCAUCCCCUCCCCCGCCUGGGAAAAACCUGGCAGCUCCCCCCAUUCCCUUCUUCAGUAGCCGCCAGGGCUCAGACUGUGCUCAGUGGCUGCUGCUCUCUCUGGUGCUGGCUGGCUGGAGGUGGCGAUCUCUCGCUCACUAAAUUGGGAACCAGCUGGCAAAUACGGAUUACUAACUAGAUAAGAGUAGAGCACCUAUUGCGUGUCCGCGUAGAAAGUUUUAGGAGCCGGGGAUUUGGCCAGGUUUCCACCUUUCUCUCGAAUGCUAACAGAUCUGAGAGCUGGAGUUUACGGAAUAGCUGCUUGGAGCCUCAGCUGGAAAAGCCUCUGGAGUCCUUUUUAUAAAACGAGUUCAUCUGCAAGAGAAAUGGAAAAAGUAAAGGCAGCAGACAGUUCAUAAGGUAUCUUUUCCACCUGAAAGAGGCAUACGAGAAACUAUUCGUACAGUGGGCACGGCUUUUUCCAGAAAACUGAAAAACGACAGAUGCCUACAUCAGAGUUUACAGCCGUCCUAAACUAAAGUUUAAUUUAUAGUUCAGUCUAGGAAUAAAUUGCGGAGACUGUCCAGUUUGGCCGAUGUACAUAGCAGAAGGGCAUUGCUGGCAUAUGAUGGCAUAUAUUACAUUGGUGGAUGUGCAGAGCAACACACAUUAACACAAUGGGGCAUAUCUUGCUGUUAUUGAUGCUUUCCAUUCCCAUAUUAUGUCUGACUGAUGGAGCCGAAACAGAACAAGAUUUCACCUGGCACUUGAAGAAGGUACCCCAGAUUGUGAGUGAACGGACUUUCUCCCUUGACAGCCCUAAAUUUGAGGCAAAAGCCAAAUUAGAACUGAGUAAUGUGUGUGGAAUUGAAUGCCAAAGGAGACUCCCAGUGCCAAGCUUGUCUGACCUGAAGGAGUUUCUGUCCUAUGAGACUGUUUUUGAGAAUGGCACACGGACCCUGACUCAUGUGAAUGUUCUAGGACUAGCAGUUGAUGCAGCCAAGAACACCACCACCAAAAGAACGUCCUCAAGAAGAAAGAGGCAGAUAUAUGGCACAGACAGCAGAUUCAGCAUCUCUGACAAGCGGUUCAUGACCAACUUCCCUUUUAGCACAGCUGUGAAGAUUUCCACAGGCUGCAGUGGCAUUCUUAUUUCCCCCAAGCACGUUCUAACAGCCGCUCACUGUAUUCAUAAUGGCAAGGAUUACAUCAAGGGCAGCAAAAAGCUGAGGGUGGGAUUGCUGAAGAUGAGAUCUAAAGGUGAGGGCAAGAAACGCAGAGGUCAUCAAAGGGGUAAGAGAGAGGUUUCUGUGGCAAGAGAUCACAGUGAGCGUACCUCAGAAUUGAAGCAGAGAUCCAAAGGUCGUGGCAGAAAACAAAAGGCAACUGGGAGGAGUCAGAAAGCCUCUGAUAGUAAACCUUCCUUCCAGUGGACCAGAGUAAAGAGUACCCAGAUCCCAAAAGGCUGGUUUGAAGGCGUAACUGGGGAUGUUUCCCUGGAUUAUGAUUAUGCUGUUCUUGAGCUCAAGCGCCCUCACAAAAAGAAAUAUAUGGAGCUGGGAAUCAGCCCAACAAUCAGAAAGAUGCCUGGUAGCAUGAUCCACUUCUCAGGUUUUGAUGAUGAUCGAUCUGGGCAGUUGGUCUAUCGAUUUUGUAGUGUGUCUGAUGAAUCCAGUGAUCUCUUCUACCAGUACUGUGAUGCUGAGCUUGGGUCUAUUGGCUCUGGAGUCUAUCUCCGCCUUAAAGAGCCAAACAAGAAGAAAUGGAAACGCAAGAUCAUUGCUAUUUAUUCAGGUCAUCAGUGGAUGGAUGUCAAUGGUGUGCAGCAAGAUUAUAAUGUAGCAGUACGAAUUACUCCUCUCAAGUAUGCCCAGAUUUGUUUCUGGAUACAUGGGAAUGAUGAGAAUUGUACACAAGGCUGAUAAAAGCUGAAACUAGAUCAUCUAGCACCUAAAAUAUAAUAAAGUAAAAACUUGCCCUAAUAGUUAUUGGAAGAGAAUUGCCCCAUAUCAGGAAUUAUUUGAACUUGAAGCCAGCAAAUAUUUUGAUGUAUUGAGUAUUGCUAUUCUUAGAGGGUUAGAAUUUUCAAAUUAGUUUGUUAAAUAUAUAAUAAUCAACACGACAUGCACUUAUAAUCCAAAACUGUAUUUAUGUUUAAAAUUCUGAUAAAUUUGAA